GCGGCUGCCUUUCAUUGGGGCAAAUGCCUCUGACGCAGCCGGUUCCAACAGUAAAACGCCAACAAAAAACCAUAGAACAUCCGUGCAAAUCCAAUUUCGUUGUAGUUUACCGAAAAAUUAUUUUGUAAAUUGUUGUGCCAUUAAUUACCCGAGAACCAAAAAACCAACAAAAAAAACAAAAACAAGUCGACGGACGACACAGUGCACUGAUUUGUUGAAUCGAAUCGAAAGUGCGACAGAUUUUCGUUUUCGUUUUCGUUUCGUUUUUUGUUUAUUUUUCUUUUUCGGUUAUUUUCGGAGUGAAGUGGAGAACGGUAUCGCAUCCGAUUGGGAGGCAUGUAUCUAAAUCGGUUUUAAAACGUAUUUCCCAACAAUAAACACAAUUACCCCACCGCACCGCACCGCAUCGGACCCCAGCCCCCAUCCCCCUUUCAAAGACAGAGAGACAGACACAGCAUGGACACGAGAAUGGAGCUGGAGAGCUAUGUGCAGUCGUCGCCAAACACCAAUCGAUUCGUUGUCGAGGAUUCGAUCACUAAGGUCACGUCGGAUGGAGAGCCGCACGGCAUGAUGACCAUGGUGGCGGGUCUGUCCGGCCUACUGGCAGCCAUUAUCAUUCUGGCCGUGCUCGCCUCCAUGGUGGCCUGUCGCAAGCAGAAGAGCACCACCAGCAAUAAAAGCAGCCCAAGCAGCAGGAGGCUGAGCAAGAAAUCGAUGAACUUGGCCAUGACCAUUGUCGAGGAAGAGCAGCCGCAGCUGGCGGGCAAUCUCAAUGCAGCCUUCGCCGAGAGCACCCUGACCCUCCAGGGCCAGGAAAAGGACAAGGAGAAGGACAGCCAGUGGUCCACCACGCCUACGUCCGUUGUGGUGCAGCGGUAUUAAAUGCAGAUGCGGUCUGGAUUGCCGUGUGACGACGUGAUGUAAUGUGAACGCUUGAGACUGAGGCGGCGGUGGCCCCACCGCCACCACAUAGAUUUAUGCAUACCAUUCAUAUUAUUAUUAUUAUCUUUUUUCGUAAUGGUUUGUUUAAUUAAAUGUAUUGUAGAGUU